UUUGAAAACACGUUAAAUUAUUAUUGUCGCACACGAUCUCCAUAGCAACAAUACUCUACAACAAAACCAAACACUUAACGCACAUAUGAAAAUAAUAACACUAAAAAUUAAAUAAGCGUGAAUUAGUUUAGAAAAAAUCAUUGAACAUAUUCUUUAAUAAUUUUUAAUAAUGAGUCAAGAAUUGAUAACAGAUUUUCGGAAAAAUUUGAUUUUAAAAACGGCUGAAAUUUAUUUCGGAUCUCAAACACAAUUCGACGAAACACAAAUAAAUUUGAAAUCAGGGGACGAGUAUUUAAAUGCAUUUUUAAACUCUCCUAGCUGUUGUGUAUUAUUUAUAAAAAAUUCUGAAUCUAAUGUUCUUGAAGCAUAUGAUCAAAUUAUAUCUCAAAAUGAAGACAACAAUUGUAAAAUAAUGGUAUUUUACAAAAGCCGUCAGGAGAGUAUAACUGAAGAAAACAUACGAUCAAUUAUUUGUGUAUAUACAAUACAAGAUUCCCCAACAAAAACCCUAUACAAUAAUUUACAUUAUAUUUACUCACCAUUAUUGCUAAAAGAUGAGAAUAACGAUCUUAAUUUGGAUCCCAAGUUAAGAAAUUUAGUAUCGGAUCUAAAAAUGGGUUUAAAAACAACUAUACACAAAAAUUUGUUUAAACAAUCGAAAAAUAAGAUUGAGUCACAAUUAGGAAUUAUACUAGAUGUUCAAGAUGAAAUUGAUUACUGGGUAGUUGUUCAAAAUAACACAAACAACAAAAAAGAAUCUGUUGCUGCUGAGAAAAUAGUUAUAUAUUUAACAUCAGUCGUCAAACAAAUGAAAGAAAUAUUAAUACAAGAUCUAGAUGAUUACCUAGAGACAAUACAUAACUGCUUAGACGAUAUUUGGAAAAUAGAAGAUAUCAUGUACCCUCAAACUAGAAUGGAACAUUUAUUUGAUAUUUUUGGAAAUGACAUCACUAAAAUAAUCGAAAGAUUCGCUAACGAAACUGAUAUAUGGAUUGGAGAUUACAAUAAGUCAAUUGAACUAUUAAAAAUUUGUAAAAAUGCUUGUGAUAAAUGGAUAAAAACUUGCAAACAAUUAACUGAAUUAUAUUGGCCUAACUAUCAUUUAAAUAAAUGGGUUGGAAAGACAUAUUUGCCGACAAAUAUUAUAUCAUUUAGUAAUUACAUAAACGAAACUAUUUCAAUAAUCCGUUUGAAUAAUCAAAUUUUACAAUUACUUACCCCUAGUGAACAAGAAAAACUGAGAUCUUGUGAUAAUUUGAAGUCAUUUAACAAGUUUAAACAUUUAACUCCUUUAAAUUCGCAUACCACCCAAACAUGGAGAGCCGUUGUUGAAAAUUUUGAAAAGAAACUUAAACCGACAGAAGAAGUAAUUGUCGGAAAACUUAGAAAUUUAAUAAAUCGAAAGAAAUCAAAUACAUUUGAGCUCAUUCGUGAAUUUAUUCGCUAUCAAGAUAUUAUAGGACGUCCCAAUGUUAACAAUCAACUAAAAGGAGAACUAGAAAACUUUUUGAAUUGCUUACAAAACAUAGUUAAUAAAUUAGGAGAUGUCGAUGGAGAUAAUUCACAAAAAAUGAACACAUUGCACCUUGUUGAAUUACAACCAAUAAUUAGAAAUUUGUAUACAUUAAAACAACAAAAAGCUCAAUUGAACGAAAUUGAAAAAGUGAGUAGUAGGACACUGAAUAAUUUGAAUGAUUAUGGUCAACUGAAGGUAUCGAUAGAAAAUCAUAAGUCUAGUAUUUCUGAUACAGCAAUGGGAAUUUUUAACGAUUGGAUUAGAGAUAAGAAACAUUCCAUACAAAACAAUAGUUUUAAACACAAUAUAAAUGAUCCAGUAGUAUAUUUCCAAACAGACAAAUUAAUGAAAGUCAAUUUUAAUCCAAGUAUUGAUCUGCUCAUACGUGAAAUCCGUAUGUUGAAAAUUUUUGGUUACAUUAUUCCAUCAGAAAUAGAGCUCGUUGCAGAAACAGGAAACAAAUUUAUUAAACAAGCUAAAUCACUUGAACAAAUUGCUUCUUUUCAUAAUACGAUAGGAGAUCGUAUGAUUCCUUCCCAACGACCUAUGAUGCUAUCUUCUGCAGUGGAACUUAUGAAUUUAGUUAAAAGAGAACAGACCGUCACUUGGACAGAUGUAAAUUCUAUUGACAACUACAUAUUAGAAAUGAAAAGACAAAUGGAAAAAAUAUCAUUAGAAAACCAAACAUUAGCAAACUACCACCAAGUAGUUUCGAACAAGAUUAUAAAUUUAAUGGAAAUAGAUAUAUUACAAGAACAGCAUCGUUGGAAACAAGUUCUCAAGAGUAUAAGAGAUAUUGUUAAACAAGUCGAAGAAAAAUUUUCCAAUUGUAGUACAUGGAAAACUCAUUUAGAUUAUCAAAUAUAUAAAGCUCUUAAUCAUCGAUACCAAAUAGGGUUGAAUUCACUGAAUCAACAUCUACCAGAUUUUAGACUUGAAAUAAUUUUUAGACAACGACAACUUAAAUUUGAUCCUCCAAUGGAAGAAAUACGGAUGAAGUAUUUUGCCCAGCUAAAAAAAUUCACAUUAAUUCCUAUACACUUUCAUGGUUUAGUAGAUUCUUCUACUUCUAUAUUUGCGUCCAUUAUUGACCGUAAUGCUUCAAAGUUUCUAUUAUUGUACACAAGAGCUGGAGAACUUUUCGAGCGAUUGGAAAAUGUUUUAAAAGAAUGGGAAAACAAAGUUGCAUUAGGUCUGGUGGACAUAGAGAUGUUAAUCCAAGAAAAUAUUAAAACGGCUCACGAUUGGGAAUUAAAUUUUAGAUCAUCAAAAUCAUGGGGUCAAGAAAUUGCCAAACUUAAUUGCGCCGAAUUAAGAGUCGAAUGUUUUAUAAUAAGCACUGCAGCUAUUCGUUUAGAGCUUGAAAUACACAAUCGUCGUUAUUGGGAUUCAUUAACCAUAAUGCUGCAUUCAUCAAUUCUUUUCGAUAUCGUGGCUUUAGAAAAAUUCAUUGAAGAGUCCACAUCUACUUUAAGACAGCAAGUAUCAUCAACAAAACAAUUGAGUGCUAUUCAUUGUAACAUUAUCGAUGCAGCAAUACAGAUGGACGGUUUAUUUAUUGAAACUGUUAAAAAGCAAAAAAUAUUAUCAAACUGGACUAACGAAAGAAUAGAAAAAAUUAGUAAGGUACAAUCUGAUUGGGAAAAUUUGAAAAAUACUUUAGAUAAUCAUCAAGUUAUUAUGAAAAAACAAAUUGAAGCUAUGAAAAUUAAUUUACUUGAAGAAGGACAAAAGUUAUUAAAUAUGUAUGACAUGUUCAAGUCUAAAUGGCAAAUGAAUAAACCUAAAAAAUUUUUAGAAGACAAAAAUUUUAAUUUUAACAAAGUCAUUGAGUUCCUAAAAAAAAAUCGAGCUGAAUGGAAUAUGUUAAAUGAACAUAAAAAAAAAUUAAUAAACGAUAAUAAGGAAGCUCUUGUGGAAAUGCCAGAUUUUAAUCAAUAUAAUUCAAUCGAAAUAGAACUAAGCUAUUUAGAAAACAUGUGGGGUUAUUUCGAUCUAUUUAUAAAUGAUCUCAAAGAAAUAGGCCAAGAAAAUUGGGUAAAUUGUAGAAACAAAGCAUAUAACAAAAUUAUGGAUUUAGUAUUAAAAUGGCAAGAAAAACUUCAGAAAAUAGAAACAUCACCGUUGACAAUUAAUAUACACAACGAGAUAGAAACAUUAAAAGAUUUUUCCAUUUAUAUAAAAUAUUUACAAGGUGAAGCUUUUUUAGAAAAACAUUGGAGAGAACUAUUUUCAGUUAUUGGCAUGUCUCAUAUAAAUAUAAAUAACUUAAAGUUAGAAGAUUUUAUCAACAGCAAAGAAACUAUUAAAAAUAAAAUUACUCAUAUUCAAGAAUUGAACUCUAGAGCAUCUGGUGAAAUAACUAUAAGACAUGCAUUUUCAGAGUUAGAAGUAUGGGAAUUUGAAACUUUCUUCACUAAAAUUGAUCAUAUUGAUUCAAAAGGAAAUAAAAUUCAUAUAAUUGGCGACUUUAAAACACUCUUUACUUCAAUAGGUGAUAAACAAUGCUUAUUACAGUCAAUUAAAAAUAUAUCUAACGAUGAACAGUUUUUGGAAAAAUCUUUAAUUUGGGAAAAAAAGCUACUCGAACUUGAGACCUGUUUGACACGGUUGUCAAACAUCCAAAGAAAGUGGCUAUACAUGGAUCCAAUAUUUGGUAAUAAGUCUUUAAAGUUAAACCAAGACACAAAAUCUAGAUUUGAUAGAAUUGAUAGAGAUUUUAAAUAUGUAUUAGAACAAUCUAUCACCACAAAAGUUUUAAAUUUUUUAAAAAUAAAUAACAUAGAACAUAUUUUAGAAUCUAUAUUAAGUUUGUUGGCAACAACAAAAAAGUGUUUAAAUAAUUUUUUAGAGGAUAAACGAAAUAGUUUUCCGAGGUUUUAUUUUCUUAGUGAUGAAGACUUGCUGGAAAUGAUUGGUCAAACAAAAAAAAAUUCAGUUGUUCAAGCACAUUUGAAAAAAUUAUUUAGUGGCGUACAAAACGUUCAAUUUAAUUCUUCAGGUAACAUUAUAUCGAUUGAAUCGCCACAGAAUGAAAUAGUCUUACUCGAAAAGCCAGUGCAAGUAACAGAUCAUGUUGAAGAGUGGCUACAUUCAUUAAUGAUUGAAAUAACAUCCUCUUUGAAAAAAAAUUUUAUUAAUUGUCUAAAAGAAACAGACCCCCUUAAGUAUCCUUCUCAGAUAUUGUGCAUCGUUAAUGAAGUUCUAUUCAGCUCAAGAUGCGAAGAAGCUAUUAAAAAACGUCAACUAGAGCAGCUUCAAAAAUCUUUAAAGAAUCAACUAAAUACAUAUACAGGAUUAAAUUUAGAAAGUGCUACAAACCAAAAUCGGGUAUUGAAUUUAAAAAUAAAAGCAUUAAUUUUAGAUACAAUUUUUCAUCUAAGAGUAAUUGAUGAACUUAUUGAGUCUCGUGUCUCGGCGCUUGAUGAUUGGGAAUGGCAAAAGAGAUUAAGGUUUUAUGCUUCAACCGACGGUGAAAUAAAUAUAAGAAUGGUCAAUGCAGAAUUUUCCUAUUCUUACGAAUACCAAGGAAUUAUACCAAAACUAGUUCACACGCCUCUUACGGACAAUUGCUUUUUAACAUUGACCCAAGCAAUGAGCAUGGGAUUAGGGGGCAAUCCAUAUGGCCCUGCUGGUACUGGAAAAACAGAGUCAGUUAAAUCUCUCGGAAAUUUAUUUGGUCGCCAAGUUUUGGUGUUCAAUUGUGAUGAAGGUAUUGAUAUUAAGUCAAUGACUCGUAUACUUCUUGGUUUAGCUAGAUGUGGAGCUUGGGGUUGCUUUGAUGAGUUUAAUCGUCUUGAAGAUACAACUCUAUCAAUGAUAUCGACAAAAAUUCUUUCUAUACAAGAAGCUAUAAAAAAUAAAGAUACAUUUUUUAUUUUGGAUGAUAAAAAAAUCGAAUUAAAUCCUAAUGUGGGAAUUUUUGUUACAUUAAAUCCAGCUGGACAAGGUUAUGGUGGAAGAAACAAACUACCGGACAAUCUUAAACAAUUAUUUAGACCUAUUGUUAUGAGUAAACCAGAUCAAAGUUUAAUAAUUAAUGUGUCGCUGCAUGCUGAAGGAUUCAAAUAUCCAGAUAUAUUAGCUAUAAAACUAGUUGAAACUUUUGAAUCAGCAAUGCAACUUUUAAGUAAUCAACAACAUUACGAUUGGGGUUUACGUGCCAUAAAAACAGUUAUUGGCUUUUGUGGAACACUUCUCAAAGCUACAACUACUCAAAAAACUCUAUCAGACGAAUGUUCAAUAAUAGUACAAGCCUUAGAACUCAAUACUAUAUCUAAAUUGACAUACAACGAUAGCGUAUUAUUUAAAUCGUUGAUAAGUCAAAUAUUUCCAGAAAUAAAAAAAUUAAAUAAGGCGCAAAUACAUGAAUCUUUAAUUCAAAAAAUACAAAAAUCUGCCGAAUUUUUUGGCUUGCAAGCAAAUCAAAAACAAGAGCAGAAAUGUAUAGAACUCUAUGAACAACUUCAACAACGAAUGGGUGUAGUAAUAAUGGGUCCACCAUCAACUGGAAAAACUACAAUAAUUCAACUUUUAGCACAAGCAUUAGGCAACGUAAAAAUGCACAAAAUUAACCCUAAAGCUCAAUCUAAAAUCGAAUUAUUAGGAAAAGUAGAUUUGGAUACAAGACAGUGGAUAGAUGGUAUUAUUAGUAAAGCUGCACAGCAAGCUUACUCAGAAAAUUCGGAUGUUAUGUCAUGGAUAAUAUUUGAUGGAGAUGUCGACCCAGAAUGGAUAGAAUCAUUAAACUCUGUACUAGAUGACAAUAGAUUAUUGACACUACCAUCUGGUUGGAGAAUACAAUUUGGAUCUAAUGUAAAUUUUCUGUUUGAAACAAAUUCAUUACAGCAUGCAUCUCCAGCAACUAUAUCUAGAAUGGGUAUUAUAUUUUUAAGCAACGAAGAUAUUAAUAUCCAACACAUCGUUGACUCAUGGAUAAAAAUUUCUCCAAAUAGUAUGAUUUUAAAAGAAUACGAGCAAUAUUUCAACAACGCACUUAAAUGGUUAGAGAAGAACGGUCAGUAUAUCUGUAAUUGUUCUAUUGUGUCCACAAUGAAGAAUUUUUUCUAUAUACUCUCUGAUGUUAAAACAAAAUCUCAUUUAGCCAUGUGUCUUAUUAAUGGGCUUGGAGCCAACAUGACUUUAUUAACAAAAGAAAAAUUUACUAAAAUGGUUUUAGAAAUGACGGAAGAAUAUGUUCCAGAAACAGAUUUACACUACUACUUUUAUAACAAAGAAAGGGACAACAUUGAUAGUUAUCAAUUUAUAGAACCAUGUAGUUAUAACACUGGAGAUCUUAUUAAGACGCCAAGGAUAUCCCAAGCAAUCGACAUAUUAAUAAAUUGGAUAAAGUAUAGCAAAUCUGUUUUUGUUAUUGGUCCUAGUGGUUCUGGAAAAAGACAAUUAAUUUCAAAAUGCGCUGAAAUGAUAAGGGCAACCGAAUGUAUAACUAUCCACUGCAACGCAUAUACUUCUCCCAACCAAUUAAUAUUAAAAAUAGCACAGGUUUCCAUAGUAGUUACGAACAAUAAAGGCAGAUUUUAUCGUCCGAAAAACUCAGAACGUCUAAUUUUACAUUUUAAAAAUUUAAACCAUGUUAAGCCCGAUAAAUGGGGUACCAUAAAACUUGGGGCCUUCAUACAACAAUUAAUUUUCUUCGGAGGAUUUUAUGAACCUUCUACAUUGGAAUGGGUUGGUAUUGAUGAUAAUUUUACCAUAAUUAAUAGUUUAACGUCUACGGACGAAAUAGAUUCAAGACUUAUGUCCGCUAGUAAUAUAUUGUAUCUUGAACCUCCACAAUUACAAGAAUUAGUAAAUAUAUGUAGCGAGUAUUUAUCUUCAACUAUUCCAGACAAGUCAACGGUUUCUUCUGUUAUUGUUGAUUUAAUGUUAAAGACUAGGGACAUAUUAACCACUGUUAAAAUGCCUCAUUAUACAUUCAACAAUCAUAUUAUUAAUUCUUUUUGUUACAAUUUGAAUCGAUAUCAAAUAACAGAUUCGAAAAAUAUGGCACAAGUCUUAUAUUUGGAAGCAAAUCAUAUAUUUAGCAAUAAACUUGUAAAAUUAGAAGAUAAAAAAUUAUUUAAUGAUAUUAUCAAUCAAAUUUAUUUGAAAUAUUGUUUGGAAUACAAAAAUGAAGAUUUUAUAUAUGUAUGUGAAAGUAAUAUUAAUUCAAAAAAUGUUGACCUACUAUCAAAAAUGCCAAUUGGUGAUUGGAAACAGAUUGUUAAAAAACAACUUUUAUUAAAUGAACAAACGGCUCAAGAUGUAGAAAUUAAUUUAGAAUUGAUACACAGAAUUGUGGCUGAUUGUGAAAGAUCCUUAUCUAAGCCUGGUAAAUGCUUGUUUUUGGUUGGGCGUUUAGGCGUUGGUAGAAAUUUGGCCGUGAGACUAAUUAGUCUUAGACGAAAUGCUACGAUAGUUACACCAAAUAUACGUCAAGUCUUCAAUUUGAAAACUUUUAGCAAUGAUAUUAAAUCAGUUUUGCAAAAAUGUGGAAUCGAUGAUGAAGUGGUUUACUAUGUCGUCGAAGAGUUCUACAUGACAAGAGAUGAAGUAAUGGAUACAGUGAGUUGUAUGAUUGUAUCUGGAGAAGUAUUGGGAUUAUAUCAAAAUGAAGAGCUUGAGACUUUGUGUACUCCACUAAAGGAUCAAAUGGCGCAAGAAAACUACGAAGGAACGCACACUAAUUUCUUCAUAGAAAGAAUAAAGAAAAACUUACACGUCAUAUUAAUUUUGGAUUCUCGAAGUGAUUUCUUUAAAACAUUUUUAGAAAAUAGUCCAGCAAUAAUAGACCUCAGUGAUAUUAUUUGGUUGGAUCAAUGGACUACUACAGUAAUGAAAAUCAUACCAGAAAUUAUUUUUAAAAAAAAUAAUUUAGAUCAAGACUUCCCACAAAUCAAUAAUUACAUUUCGCACUUUCCACAAAUUCAUUAUGAUGCUGAAGAUUGGAUGAACACGUGUCCUAAACGUUAUCUAUUAUUUAUUCAAACUUUUAGCACUUUGUUAUUAAGUAAAAAAGAGUAUAUAAAAAGAAGAUUAAGUCAUUUAAAAGCUGGAAUUUCAAAACUAGUAAACGCAAGGGAUAUAGUAGCUAAAUUAAAAUCUGAUGCUGAUCAUCAUGAGUCUGAAUUAGCAAAAAAACGAGAAAAAGCUAAUCAAGCAUUGAUGAUGAUUUCAAGUACUAUGCAGGGAGCCAACACUAAAAAAGAACAAAUGGAGAAUCUAAAAAAAGAAUUUCAAAUAAAAAACGAUGCAUUGAAUCAAAGAAAAAAAGAGAUUGAUACAGAGUUAGCUCAAGUAGAACCAUUAAUAGAAGAAGCACAGGCGGCAGUAAGUAAUAUAAAACCUGAGUCAUUAACAGAAAUAAGAUCACUGAGGGCACCCGCCGAAAUAAUUAGAGACAUAUUAGAAGGAGUGUUACGUCUAAUGGGUAUACAAGACACAUCGUGGAAUAGCAUGAAAUCUUUUUUGGCCAAACGAGGUGUAAAAGAAGAUAUUCGAUUUUUUGAUGCUCGUAGAAUAACUGAGGAUAAUCGUUACUCAGUAGAAAAACUUUUAGAACUAAAACGCGACUCUUUUGACGCGAAAAAUGCAAAAAGAGCAUCAGCAGCAGCAGCGCCUUUAGCUUCAUGGGUAGUUGCUAACGUUGCUUACUCACGUAUACUUCACAAGAUAAAGCCUUUAGAAAUAGAACAUAUGUCACUAAAAACAAAAUUACAAAACGCUGAAGAGCAAAUAAGACUUCUUAGCGGUGGAGUGGAUAGCGUUGAAAAAAAUGUAUUGGAAUUGCGUGAACAACUAAAUAUUAACACUAAACAAGCAACUGAAAUAGAGUUAAACAUCCACAAGGAAAAACUAAUAAUUGAUUCAGCACAAAAUCUAGUAAAAAAAUUAGAUGGCGAGUUUUCAAGAUGGGGUCAGCAAAUCACCGAGCUGACAAGUACCUUAGAUAGUUUAUUAUUAAACAACCUGUUAGCUUCAGCUUUUAUAACAUAUUUAUCGGAGUGUUCAGACUAUGUACGUAACGAAAAGCUUGAAAAAUGGAAAUUUGAACUUAAAGUUGACAAAUUUUUAUUUUCUAAAUUUAUGGAAUCUGAGAGACAAAUUUUACAAUGGAUCACAGAAGGUUUACCAUCCGAUGAAACCUCGUACCAAAACGCCAUCAUACUAAAACAAGAAAAAUUUUAUCCUUUGAUCCUUGAUCCUAAUGGUAAUAUACUACAGUGGUUAAAAAAGAAAUUACCUCCUAAUUCCACUGAAUAUACAUCGUUUGAGACUCCUCAGUUUCAUUCAAAACUAGAAUUAGCUAUUCGAUUUGGUAAAAAAAUUGUGAUUCAAAAUGUAAAUAAUUUAGAUCCUAUUCUCGUUCCAAUAUUAAAAAAUGAUUUCAUUAUUGAAGGAAAUAGAACAACAAUUCAAAUAGCUGAUAAGUUAGUUGAUUUUAAUGAUAAUUUUCAAUUAUAUUUAUUUAGUAACAACGAACACUUAAAUCUUCCCUCACACUAUUCAGUUUUGUUAACGGUAAUAAAUUUUACACAAAAUCAAAUUAGCCUUUCAGAACAAUUAUUACGAUAUGCACUUCAAGUGGAAAACCCAAAACUUGAUUCCAAACAUUUAGAACUCUUGCGUAUUGAAGAAGAAUUAAAAACCAAGUUGUAUGAUCUACAAGAAAAUGUUUUAAAGGACUUAGCAGAUUCACAAGACAAUAUUCUUGAAAAUAAAGACCUUUUAAACUCAUUGGAUAGCAUAAAAUCUAAUAGUGAUGAAAUAUCAAAAUCACUAAACGAGUCUAUAAAAAUGCAAAAUAUAUUGGAAACCGAAUGCCAAGUUUACAAACCAUUAGCUAAUUAUACCUCAAGAUUAUAUUUUGCUUUAAAAGAUUUAUUUAUUAUUAAUAGAUUUUCUCAAAUUUCUUUGACUGUCUUUGUUAAAUUAUUUCAAUCCUCACUAAAGGGAUCAAUCGGGAACUUAAACCGAGAGACAAAAAUUUUGCACGAUGUAUACUAUCAUAUUUCAAGAUCUUUAUUUGUUGAUCAAAGAUUAAUUUUUGCAUUGCAUCUAGCUCAUAAACUUUAUCCCGAAGAAUUUGGUUUAAAUGAGUGGGAGCUGUUCAUAGGAAAAAGUAUAUCUAAUGUCAAUAAAGAAUUGAAUUUUAAAGAUAAUAUACCAAAAUGGAUUGAUGAGGACAGAAUUUUUGAUGUUUACUGUUUCAAGGAAUGUAUCCCGGAAUUAUACAAAAACCUUCAAUUAGAAAACAUAAAUAUUUGGUCAGAAUACAUAAAAACGUCAAACACUAAGAUUCCUAGUUCAAUAAAAUUAACUAAUUUUCAACAAGUAUUAGUUGUCCAAGCUUUAAAACCCGAUAAACUUUAUAAGACUCUAACAGAUUUUGUUUUGAAACAAUUAAAACUUUCCGAUUUGUCUCCAACUUUGUUAAAAAUGUCUGAAUUGGCCAAAGAAAAAGUAGGAUCUAUUAUGAUAAUUACAUCUGUAGGAUCCGACCCUUCCGAUGAGCUUAGAUUGUUAGCUAAACAACAGACCAAUAAUAAUUGUAUUGAAAUAACAAUGGGUGCAAAUCAAGUCGAGAUAGAACAACUUGAAAAACAUUGUAAACAGCCAAAGUGGCUGAUUUUGAAGAAUUUACAUUUAUGUUCAACAUCUACUUUGGUUUCUCUAGAAGAACAUCUGAAAUCUUUAAAUACUACGAACAAAGAAUUCAUUUUGUGGAUAACAACAGAGAUGACGGAUAAAAUUCAAACUUCUUUGAUACUUAGCUGUAUAAAAGUUGCUUACGAAACACCUCGUGGACUUAAGAAAAAUAUAAGGCGCGCUUAUAGCGUAUGCCAAAGUGAUAAUAUAAAAUGUAACACAAUAGAUGAAUCUAGGUCUAUUUACGCUUUAGCUUGGUUUCAUUCCAUAUUGUUAGAACGAAGAACAUACAUACCACAAGGGUGGUCUCAGUAUUAUGAAUUUAAUGAUUCUGAUCUAUUAGCUGCUUUAAGAGUUAUCCGACAAUAUACAGCAAAAGAUAACAAUACAAUAAAGUGGCCGUACAUCCAUGGAUUAUACGAAAAAGCCAUAUACGGUGGAAGAAUUACCAAUACUCAAGAUAUAGAAAUUUUAAAAACCUACUUAAAAAUAAUUUUUGGAGUCAAUAGUUCGAAUUGGAAUAAUAGCAUUCUUGGAAUACAAGAAUUGAAUUCGACGGAUAACCAGGCAAUCGAAAAAGCAUUAAAAAACAUUCCCGAUCAGGAUUUGCCAAGUCUAUUAAAUAUGCCUGACAAUGUUGAUAAAUCUUGGCAAAAAAAAGAAAGUGACAAGGUUAUUUUACAGCUAAGAGGUAUUGGUGUAGUAAACAUUAACUAUAAUUACCUCGAAGGAGACUGGCGUUCAGAAAUUAUAACUAUAUUAAAUUUAUGGAAAACUUUGAAUAAAGAUAUCAACUUAAUAGACCUAUUAACUAGUAAAACUUAUUUUGACCAAAAUGAUACACCAGAAGUUAUGGACGCUUUUAUAAAUCAAGAAUUACACUUUGCAGUUGGUUUAAUCAAAAUAAUACAUAAAAAUCUAGCUGCCGUAAAUAAAACAAUAAAAUCAAAUAUGCGACCUUCAGGAUCAGUGUCAGAUACCAUUUUUUAUAUUCUUAGACUAAAGACGCCUAAAUCAUGGAUAAAUUAUUGGAAUGGGCCAGAAGAUCCAGGAUCUUAUAUGAGACAUGUAAUAACACGAACAAUCUCAUUACAUAAAUUACAAUUUUCACUGGAUAAAACGCCCCAACAAAUUAACUUAAAUAACUUGUUUCAUCCUAGAACCUUUUUAGUUGCAUUUAAACAACUAACAUCUAAACUUUACGGAACAUCAAUGGAUAGUUUAAUAUUAGAUUGCUCUUUAUCCACAAACAAACUCAAAAGUUCUAAAAAAACUGUAACGAUAACUAAUGUCUUGAUUGAAGGAGCUAGACUUCAUCAAACUUCUCUUUUAGACAACACAAUUGAUUCACCGUCGGUAUCAAAUGUUGAUGAAAUUAAUAUUGCUUGGAUACCAAAGGAUACAAUCAGAAGUACUAAAAAUUCAGAUUUGUAUGUCAUAUUAUACGAAACUCAAUCCAAAGAUAAUAUAAUUUGUUUGCUACCAGUAUCUAUUUCACAGAAAGAACAUGAGAAAUGGACAUUAACUGGAAUUACACUAUUUUUAAGAUGUUAGUUGCUUCAAUAAUUUUAAAAUUAUAAAGUAAAAAACUUGUAAUGAACUAGAGAAUUUUAUUUUAUUCAUUUAAAGUUCAAAAAUUCUCAAAUUUCAAAAAAUGUAAUUCUACAUUGUUUAUUAAAUAUAUCACAUAUAACUUUGAAACCAUAUAUCACUCACUUCUGUCUACACUUUUCUGUUUACAUUUAAUAAUAAUAAUGUUAUUAAAUUUCAUAUACAUAAUAAAAUGUACCAGAUAAUGAUUUUUGUUUCUUUUAAUCUAUGGCCAUUAACCACUAGUUUACGAGAUAUACGAGAUGUAGAUGUGAGUACCAUUUUCUUCAUUCCCAUAUCAUUUAGUUGUCUUUUCACAAUAUUUUAUUUGAAUGCAAGAUUAAUUAUUCUUAAAAAAAAUAUCAAAUAAAUGGACAUAUUAAAACAAUGAGUUUAUUGUUACCAUAAAUUAACCUAUAUAA